AUGACCAUCAAGCUGGCCAAAGCUUCAGAAGACGCUGAGAAAGAUAAACCAGAGACGGACAAGAUGAAAGCUGUGGUAAAAAACCUCCGAACGCAGGACAGCAAGACCAGGAAGGACUACGGUGCCUCUCGGCGAAGAUACGGCAGGAGCAGGAGUCCAAGCAGGAGUCCAAGCAGGAGUCGGGCUAGAAGCAGGAGUAAAAGCAGGAGUCCAAGCAGGAGUCGGGCCAAAAGUCCAGCUAGGAGUAGGGCUAGGAGCAGGAGUAAAAGCAGGAGUCCCGGUAAGAGUCAGGCCAGAAGCAGGAGUCCGGUUAGGAGUAGGGCUAAGAGCAGGAGUAAAAGCAAGAGUCCGCUCAGAGACCAGUUCGGACGACUCAUCAAAAAGAGACGCAGCACUAGCGCCGAACGUAGAGGCAGCCGGUUGAGGAAAAGCCGGAGCCCGGAUCGAUCCAAACGGCGCUCCAAGAGCCGGAGCAGGAGCCGUGAAAGGGUCGAGGAGGUGAAGAAGAGGAGCAUCACCAGCAGAGAUGAAGCUCUGAAGAGGAGGAGGGAGCCGAGUCCUCCCCCCCGACGAGGAGGAGGAGUGGUGGACGACGAGCUGGUGAGGAAGAAGCGAGAGCUGGAUGAGCUGAACGACAUGAUCGCCUACAAGAAGUCUCUGGUGGACCUGGACCCCGGACAGAGGACCUGCAUAGACUAUGACCACGGCAGGAUCUCCGUCCCGCUCUCAGAGUACAAACCGGUCCGGUCCAUCCUGAAGAGACGAGGAGAGGGGCCCGAGUACCCACUCCGUGCUCCUCACCCAUACGACGACCCAUAUUACGACCGGCAGUACAGCGCUUAUCGCUACGGGGAACCCUACCCUGCAGGUUCCUACCCCGAACGCCCGUACGCCGAUCGUCCCAACAGUGACCCCCCUCGAGUCUAUGGCGAACCAGCCUAUGCUGGCCCUCCGUCUGCCGGCCCACGCUACACCGACCGCUACGAUGUUUACGACGAACCCCACGGAGACCGCUACUACGACCCGGCCUACGCAGAGCGGCGGUACGAGGAUCCGUACCGGAGCCAGUCUCCAGAACGCCGAGAUCCCUCACCUGGUACUCAGUACGGACACCUUCCUGCUGCCUCCACCCAGCCUCCCUUGACGCAAAUCCCUGCCACUUCUUCUUCCCAACACCCUUACAGACCUCCUUCUCCCUCAGUUCCGCCUCCCAGAAGCCCCUCCCCAAGACCACGUCCGGGACCCGCCUCGGCCCAGCAGCCGCUGGACCGAUUCCUCGACAUGCUCAAUAAGAAGGUGGAUGUUGUGAAGCAACCAGAACCGGUUCCUUUGACCGAUGACCUGCUGCCUCAUGAGAGGGCGCUUCAGGAUGGCGGGGGUUUCUCUCGGAUCGUAGGACUUGCUCAAGAGCAACCUGGCACCAGUAUAGCUCUGGAUCAGAAGAAGACAAAUCCAAAACGCUCCUCAUUAGAGAGAACAAGUGAGGAAGUGAAGAACACUGCAGAACCCUACGACAAGAUCCAGAGUCUGCUGCGUUCGAUCGGCCUGAAGCUGAGCACCGGAGACAUGUCCAAACUGGCCAGUCGAGCCCAGGAAAAGAUCUACAGCCCCAAGUCCUCGUCCACAGAAAGAGAUAUGCUGUCGUCCCCGAGGGAGGAACGGCAGCCGAGUAGAACAGGUUCCAUUGAAUCGGAUCACAUUCACUCCCCCUCCCCAGCCAGGUCCUCCAGUCUGCAGCCUAGCAGCCAAUCCAGAGCUGUCUCGGAGUACGAAGGGUUCCUGGACCAGAAGGAGCUGGAGGCUCUUCAGAAGGCCCAGCAGCUGCAGAGUCUUAGCAAGAACAUGGGGAACAACAACUCCCCCACUCCCCCUACCGGGCCUCCGCCGACCCACUUCCAACGCCCCCCCGUACCAGUCAACUGGCCCCUUGGGAUCACCACCCAGUUUCCCCCACAGAGCUUCACCCCCCCCAGCAUGGGAACUCCAUCUCCUCCUGCAGCUGGCAUCCAGUCAUUCAGGUAUCCCUCUGGACCUCCUCCACGGCAUCCGGCACAUCUUCCUCCAGGACCGCCUCCUGGACCUCCACCACGGCGCCCUCUCGGACAACCUCCAUUCGCUCCACCCCCUGGUACUCCAGUCUUUCCCUUUAUUGGCCACCCUCCCUCAGACCCCCCCCUUAUCUCCCCUGGUUCUGUGCCGCCCCCCACCGCCGCCGCAGAAUCAGCACCAACGUCCAGUCCUGCUGAUCCUAACCAGUCCACAAUCUCUACCACGGUGGCCCGGUGCCUGAAGGUCAUAGAGACUGUGAAAUCUCUGGCCGUGCAGCAGCCAGCCAAGCCGGUCAAAUCCGUGCAGUUUAGUUUACCGAGCGCUUCCUCGUCUCCGUCCAGCUCUCAGACCUCCACGGAGGACGACAUUAAGAACAAGCAGAAGGAGAAGCUGGAUUCGUAUAACAAGAGGCUUUUGGAGAAGCGGGAUCAGAACUACAAGGACUGGAUCGCCCACAAGAAAGAGUGCACAGAAAAGCGGCUUCUUGGUCAGAAAAGCAGAGUCAUUGGUAAAAUGUUAAUAAGCUAACCUUGAUCUAACUAAAGUGUACAUAAGAUAAAACAAGUCUUCGUUUACCCCUGUGUUAAAGACAGGUCUAAUGCGAUGUUUGCUCCUCAGUCCGGCUUGUCUUUCUGGUACCGUAGACUCCCCCGAGGUAGCCAGGGAUUUAGUCUUUUUGAUAGAAGUCAAUAUGGCUUUUCUUGUGUCAAUUUUUCCUAGCAUCUACCGUGCUCUCCCUGUAGCACCACCAGAAUGACGUAGUAAGAGAGCUCCACGCUUAGUGCCGCUACACGGAGCCUCAACCCCGUCUAUAAGUUACCUAGACCUUGUAGGGACCGUUACCAGGCAUGUUGUUGAAAGGUCCGUCCGGAAACUCUAGUCCUUAAAGGGGACCUAUCAUGCAAAAUGCACUUUU